GAAAUUAAAAUUCCUAAGUAACUUGAUGUAACUACACUGACAUGCAUAUCAUGCUGAGCUAGCUAGCUAGUGUACUGCAUGCAUAUUGUAUAUAGGAUGCACGCAUGCAGGUAUAGCUAUAGGCUGUGAUGAUGCCUCGCCCCACUAUACCCAGGGAGCUCAAGUGGCUGUUCAUCACUGGUCUCGUGUACGUCUGCCUUUGUCUUCUCCUUUUGCACACACAGCCGUCGGAAAUUCCUCUUGAUGUCGUACCAGGUCAAAGUUCAAACCCACCCUCUCUAGUCAAUCGUAGCCCGAGAGAGCAUCAACCAAUCAGAGCACAGGGUUUAAAUCACAUGACAUCUCUCGUAAAAUCUCACAUGUUCACUGACCAAGGUAUCAAAUUAAAAUGGAUUGGCGAAAGAAUUAUGCGACUAGCGUUGUCAUGGGAACACGCUCAGAAGGCCGUUGCCAUGGAGAUGGGAUAUCUAUUUACUCGUCCUCAGAAGAUCUUAUUAUUCCCGGGACUGCUGUCUGAGUACAGUGCUUACGAUUUUGCUCAUAACGCCUACAAGGGUGGAUACCUCGGUGAGCUGGUGCAGUGGGGUGAUCUGAUUGCGACGCUGCAUAUGCUGGGACAUCAUGUGACUAUCCUCACCUCACGCAAGCAACUAUCAGACAGAGUCAGUCUCAAGAAGUUGGAGUUUGACGUAGUGUUCACUGAUUACAUUGGUUUGUUUGCCCUGAGGGACAGUCGUCACUUCCCCCUUUACAAGUGUCGUAUUAGAGUCCUGGAUUCAUUUGGUACAGAACCACUGUAUCAGUUCCGAACUUUGAACUUUCAAGCGGACGAGACGAUGAGCAUGUUUAACAAUUGGAAUUUUGAGAGCCCUCGGCAAUUUUGGAACCUUUUCCCGCAUACUCCCGACAAUUCGUUCCUAGGGUUCGUAGUUCAAACACGCCCACUCAAUACAACGGCACCCGUGAAAUUGAAUCAAGCUGUGAUAUACGGCAAGGAGGCGUGGUAUCGUCACGGCAACGAGGAGCUACUAAACACCGUGGGAGAGUUUAUAGAACUACAUAGCACUUUCAAGGAUCCAGGAGUUGACUUCCCUGCUCAUAUCAUCAACCAUGGAGUGCUGCCACCUGCCGAGCUACAGACGUUGCUAGAAGAGUCUAAAUUAUUCGUGGGCCUUGGUUUUCCGUAUGAUGGUCCUGGUCCACUGGAGGCUCUUGCCCACGGCUGCGUGUUCCUGCAACCAUCAUUCACGCCCCCACACUCUGGCCUUAACACGAAUUUCUUUGGUGGUAAACCAACGGUCAGGGAGCUGACUUCACAAGUGCCAUAUCUUGAACAUUUUGUUGGGAAGCCAUAUGUAUACACGGUGGACGCGACCAAUCAGAGCGCAGUACGGGAGGCACUGUACGAGAUCAUGGCCUACAGAGACCACACCCCCUUUGUACCACACGAAUUCACGCAACAAGGCAUGUUAGAACGCGUUGGCAGUUACCUCUCCCACCAAAACUUCUGUGAUGGCUUUGACCUAGCACUGGGUCGUCCGGCCUACUCCAGCAGCUGUUUCCAGACCCACACUCCGGGUGAGGCAGUGGAUGGUCUGCCAGAUGAGGACAGUUGUUUCUGGUCUGCCCCCGGUAGUUCUCACUGGUGGAGUGUGGAUCUCGAAGAUGAACUGAAUAUUGUUAAAAUUCGUAUUACCAAUACUUUUGAGUGGGUCUUGGCUAAGACUUGGGGGGCGGUGUUUCUCGAUCCUUUCGUCGUGACCUUAUUGAACUCUGACGGAGAUCAAGUGCUGAGUCGACAGUUUACAGAUAGCCGAACAUUCUAUGUAUGGGACGAUAUCCACGUGAGAGCACGACAUGUUCGUAUAGACUCACUGGAGCACGGAGAUGGACCAAGUUAUCUCGUACUAUGCGGAGUGGAGGUGUUUGGCGGAUCCAGUCAACACCCGCUCUGGCCUGAUCUCACUCUACUGCACAUGCUCACUGGGAAAAAGGGCGUGGCUUGUAAAGACGCUUGUAUGUCCGAGGGGUUGGUGUGUGAGCCAGCGUACUUUAAAGCCAUCAAUAAUCACAAUGUUCUGAGGGAACAGCUCAACUGUACAACCACUGAUACUGUCCAGGGGAGGUUUGUGGACUUCCCCCCGGCCUUGUGUGUGGAGAGCGAUGGCGCAGUGUCCCCGGGAACUUGCCUCACUAACAACGAGCCAAUGCUCUUCUCCUGUGCAGGUCGUCAUAGCAACUACCAGAGGCUAUGUCCGUGUCGAAAGUUCACCAAAGGUCAAGUGGCCAUCCCUCCAUCAAUAUAGAAUGACAAUGAACAAUCUAUUCAAUUUUCCCAUAUUAUAUCAAAAUUCUUAUUUUCUCAAUUCUGAUCAUGAUCAUUAAUUUUAUACCGUCGUCACUAAUAAUGUAUAAGAGAAAUUAAAUUCAA